AUGCCGCCAAAGGUUUCUGCCAAAGGGGCUAAGAAAGCCGGAAAAGCAAAGGCCGCACGUAGCGGAGACAAGAAGAAGAAACGACGACGAAAGGAGUCUUACAGCAUCUACAUCUACAAAGUGCUGAAACAAGUCCACCCCGACACUGGAGUCAGCAGCAAAGCUAUGUCUAUCAUGAACAGUUUCGUCAACGACAUUUUCGAGAGAAUCGCUGCCGAAGCUUCAAGACUCGCUCACUACAACAAAAGAUCGACCAUCACCAGCAGGGAAAUCCAAACUGCCGUUCGACUUCUGUUACCCGGUGAGCUCGCCAAGCACGCCGUUUCCGAAGGAACAAAGGCCGUCACCAAAUACACCAGCUCCAAAUAA